AUGACUCGAUCAAGGGAGGUAGAUCGACGUAGGACGUUAUUGAUGAUUUGCGAUUGUCAUGAGAGGUAUCGAGAAGGUACACAUGGUUUCACUCUUAUGGCUCAGAGCAUCAGAAAGAUGGUCAUAGCUUCUAGAAUGGCAACACUUUUGACUGAACAAAACGGAAGUGGUCCAACAGCAAAGGAGAUUCGGAGUGAAUUGACGGGUCCUCAUUUUUUGGGGACAUACGGAAAAGACUGUUUCUCCAUGAUCACAGAUGAAGUUAGACCUCUUCUGAAGAAUUACGAUAAUAUCAUUUUAGUCGGAAUAGAGGCCCAUGUUUGUAUUCUGCAAACCGCCCUCGACCUGCUUGAAGAGGAUCGUUUCCAUAAAAGAGUAUAUAUCCUUGCCGAUUGCAUCUCAGCAUGUCACGAAUUGGAGAUACCCUUGGCAUUGGAUAGGAUGAGAGAUUCAGGUGCUGUGGUGACUACUAGUGAAGCUAUAUUGUUCCAGCUUAUGGGCGACGGUACAAAUUUCGAUGACAAAUUUAUAUCAGAAUUAAUCAAGGAAGAAAGAGAGAACACCGCCAAAGCAUUGGAGACCUUACUGCCUCAUCCUUCAAACACAGCAGCCAUCAAGAAGACUUAG